GAAAACACAAUUACUUGUGCUCCUUGUCUUUGUUUCCUGCACUCACAUUCUUUCUUUCGUUCUUCCUUCUCUUGUACAAAGCUGCGAUUUAUAUCAACAUUGCGAAACUGCGUGUAAUAUUAACGAAAAUAGCUUGAAGCUUUUCAUCCGAUUUUCGCGAAUAAACAAAUCAGGUCAAAAUGAUUAAAGGUUGGAGGGAGGCUCUUACGAGAAGCAAGACUGACAAGAAUACGCCGAAUCCUCACGGUGAAGAAGAUAAUAGCACACAGAAACAAACAGAAUUAAAUAACAACACCGAUAUGAAUAUAAGCACUUCUAUAUCAGUAACAGACUUGCAAAAUCCACCGCAUGCAAAAAUUAACCGUACAAAUAACAAUAACAACACAGUUUCUUUUAUGCAUAACAACAGCCAUCCCAAGCUAACCGACAGAGAUGCGCCAAAAACUGGUCCUCUACACUAUCGCCUAAAAAAUGCACCCAUUGAUCAAAUCCCCAUCAGUAAAGCACCUCGUCGUCAGAAAUCUUCACGAUUCUAUGUUAAAGAAAAAGUACAAUUAGAACCUACGCCUGCUUUCCAUGAGGUUCCAAGUCAUAUGCGGGCAGAUUUAUUUGUUCAAAAGAUCAAGCAGUGUACAGUUGUUUUCGAUUUCACUGAUGUGUCCUCAGAACUGAGAGAGAAAGAAAUCAAAAGACAGACUUUACAAGAAAUUCUAGAUCAUAUUUCAGUGAACCGUGGUGUUUUAACGGAAAAUGUUUAUCCUGAAAUCAUUAAUAUGUUUGCAACCAAUCUUUUCCGACCUAUACCUCCGCCAGUAAACCCCAUUGGCGAUGCUUUUGAUCCAGAGGAGGAUGAGCCGGUUUUAGAAGUAGCCUGGCCUCAUCUGCAAACCGUGUAUGAAUUCUUCCUACGCUUUCUUGAGUCACCAGAGUUCAACAUAGUCUAUGCGAAAAAGUAUAUAGAUCACAAAUUUAUUCACCAGCUUUUAGAGCUAUUCGAUUCUGAAGAUCCUCGAGAACGCGAUUACCUUAAAACAACACUGCACCGUAUAUACGGUAAAUUUCUCAAUUUGCGAGCUUUCAUCCGACGAUCUAUAAACAAUAUCUUUUUUCAAUUCAUUUACGAGACUGAACGAUACAAUGGUGUUGCUGAACUGUUGGAGAUCCUGGGCAGUAUUAUUAAUGGCUUCGCUUUACCAUUAAAAGAGGAACACAAAACAUUUUUAUCUCGGGUUUUAAUUCCAUUGCAUAAGACCAAAUCCCUUGCUUUGUACCAACCUCAAUUAGCCUAUUGUAUUGUGCAAUUUCUCGAAAAGGAUAGAGCGCUAACAUACGAGGUCGUCUUAGGAAUACUGCGGUACUGGCCCAAAGUAAACAGCUCUAAGGAGGUGAUGUUUCUGAAUGAAAUUGAAGAAAUCCUUGAUGUUGUAGACGUACCCGAAUUUCAGCAGAUAAUGUGUCCACUGUUUACCAAGCUUAAUCAAUGCAUUUCCAGUCCGCAUUUCCAAGUAUCAGAAAGAGCCUUAUAUUUUUGGAACAAUGAGUAUAUCCUCAGCUUGAUGGCAGAAAAUAUCAAAGUAAUCAUGCCCAUAAUCUUCCCCACAUUGUACAGAACAUCUAAAACACACUGGAAUAAGACUAUUCUAAGUCUAGUUUACACAGCAUUGAAACUUUGCAUUGAUAUUGAUCCUACGUUAUUUGACGAAUGUGCCAACCAAUACAAAGACCAAAGACAGCUGGAACGUAGAUUACAAAAAGAGCGUGAGGACAACUGGAAGUAUCUUCGUCAGAAAGUCAAGAAUAAAGAAGCCACAGAAGCCACAGAGGCCAUUCAAUUGUUGAGUCAGCCAUGUACAGAUAUGAAAACAGUUACUAUGCCUAUUCUUGCAGGAGGUCCAACAGAUUCAAUAGACAUUAACAGUGAAUUAGAAGAACUAGAUAUUUCGGAUACUCCCAUUGUGGAUCAAGGAGUGACAGAGCAACAGGACGAUAUCAAACCAGAUAUGCAGCAAUUUGAAGAUACACCAGCGCAAUAUCAUUUAUUCAGACGAAAAUCAAUUAUACCAGUAGACGAAACUGUCUUUAACGAGUUGUCACGACAUGUUAGUCUAGACGAGGUUUUAAGUCAGGCUCCGGGUGCUUCACAACAACAGAAUGCGACCGCAUAAACUAAGAAUAACAUUCAAAUAUUUAUCUGCCGUAUGCUAGAGCACGAUACUAAAUCUGAUGCGAAUAAAACCAGAUAUGCUCUUCUUCAAAC